CUCCACUCGCUCUGCCCUUCCUCUUUUUUGUAAUUCAUCUGCCCCUUUUCGUUUGGCACUACACUUACUUCACGAUAGUGCUAUCUGCUGGAAGCUCUUGAACUACAGUUUGCCACGAGAUUUGCUGCCGCCCCUCAUUCUUACUUAGUUCGCGCCACAAUGGCGUCUCCGGCUACCAAGAAAGCGAUCGCUGAAGCGGCUGCUCAGUACGCAAAGCCAGAAGGGAGGAUUUUCCAAUAUGGCACUGCAGGAUUCCGCAUGAAGGCUGAUCUCCUCAACACCGUCGUCUUCACUGUCGGUUUGCUUGCGGGCCUUCGUUCCAGGAAGCUUAGCGGACAAUGGGUUGGUGUCAUGGUCACCGCCAGUCACAAUCCUGCAGAGGACAAUGGCGUUAAGCUCGUCGACCCCAUGGGCGAAAUGCUGGAGGCCGAAUGGGAGACCUAUGCGACCAGACUUGCCAAUGCACCCCUCGACAAGGUCGGGGAUGUUUAUGAAGAGCUUAUCAAGGAGAUUGAUGUCAGCAUGGAGAAUCAAGCUCGCGUUGUCUUCGCCCGUGACACUCGCGCGUCUGGCUCUCGUCUCGUCUCAGUUCUUAACGCCGCACUCACCGCUACGGAAGUCGAGUUCCUUGAUCUGAAAUUUAUGACCACCCCCCAGCUCCACUAUGUUGUUCGGUGCAAGAACACUCUAGGCACACAGUACGAAUAUGGCGAGCCCACUGAGCAGGGAUACUACGAGAAACUUGCCGAGGCUUUCAAGAGAGUGAUGCGGGGCGUCAAGGUCAAGGGCUCUUUGACCGUCGACUGUGCCAAUGGUGUCGGUGGGCCAAAGCUCAGGGAGCUUAUCAAGUAUCUGCCCGCUGUGGAGGAAGGUGGCUUUGACAUCAAGGUCAUCAAUGACGACGUUAUCAACCCCGAUAGCCUGAACUUCGAGUGCGGUGCCGAUUAUGUCAAGACGAAGCAACGCGCUCCCCCAUCGUCCAAGGCCGGUGUUCUCGAGCGUUGUGCCUCAUUGGACGGCGAUGCCGACCGUAUUGUAUACUACUUCGUUGAUGAGAGCAACGUGUUCAGGUUGCUUGAUGGCGAUCGUAUCGCUACCCUUGCUGCAUCGUUCAUUGGAGAUCUUGCUCGCAGUGCUGGAAUUGCACAGAAGCUCAAGAUUGGAGUCGUUCAGACCGCUUAUGCCAACGGAGCCAGCACUGAUUAUAUCGAGAAAGUGCUAAAGCUUCCCUCUGUUUGCACAAACACUGGUGUGAAGCACCUUCACCAUGCCGCUUUGCGGUUCGAUGUCGGUGUCUACUUCGAGGCCAACGGACACGGUACGAUUACAUUCUCUGAGAGUGCUUUGAAAACCAUCAAGAGCACGGAGCCUCAGUCUCCUGCGCAGCAGCGCUCGCUUGAGUGCCUUCAGGCUCUCACCGAUUUGAUCAACCAGGCUGUCGGUGACGCCAUCUCUGACAUGCUUCUCGUCGAGGCUAUUCUUGCUCACAAGGGCUGGAGUCCUAAGGAGUGGCUUGCUACUUACACCGAUCUGCCCUCUCGCCUUGUUCGUGUCGAGGUUGCGGAUCGCUCAAUUUUCAAAGCCUAUGACGCUGAGCGUAAACUCGAGUCACCACCCGGCCUCCAAGCCGAGAUUGAGUCCCUGCAAUCUCGGUACAACAAGGGAAGGAGUUUCGCUCGUGCAAGUGGUACGGAAGAUGCUGUGCGCGUCUACGCCGAAGCGGCAAGCCGUUCUGAGGCCGACGAUCUCGCUACCCGUGUCGCCAAUGCAGUUCGUGAAGCCGGUGCUCCCAAGGAGACUUCGGCCUAGGCUUCUUAUGGGUCUAACCAGCUAGGGGCACAUUGCCAGUCUAUGACGGCUCAAAUGGGUGAGCUGGAGAAUAACAGUAUAAAAUCUGUACGUGCAGUGCAGAUUUGCUGUGGGAUAUCGAGUUCUUAGAUCCCCUGGGAACUUGGUCAAUGAAUUCAUGAUCUUAACUUAAUUCGCACAUAAGCAGAAGAAUUUGCAUGUCACUUUGCGCAUAUCUAUAGCACCUUGUCAUCUGUUUCCACCCGAUAUACAGACAUUAUAUAUUUCGGCUAUGCCGUCGAUUUCUCCUCUGCUAUUGCAUCCCGCAUCUACUAGAAGGCCAUGAAAAGCGAAGUUCCCAUCAUGCUAUAGAACGAUACCUUC